AUGUCGGACGAUAUGGCGAGUCACUACCAGGUGAUGGAGGAGCUGGGCAGCGGCAGUUUUGGAACUGUUUACAAAGCAAUUGACAAGACCGACGGCGAGAUUGUUGCCAUUAAACACAUCGAUCUCGAAUCCAGUGAAGAUGAUAUCCAGGAAAUUCAACAGGAGAUUUCUGUCCUGGCUACCUGCGCGAGUGCCUACGUUACACAAUACAAGGCCAGUUUCCUUAAGGGGCACAAGCUAUGGAUUGUUAUGGAAUACCUCGGAGGUGGUUCUUGUUUGGACCUGCUAAAACCAGGAAGUUUCAAUGAAGCCCACGUCGCAAUCGUCUGCCGCGAACUUCUCCAGGGAUUAGAUUACUUGCACAGCGAAGGCAAGAUUCACCGGGAUGUCAAAGCCGCCAAUGUCCUGCUUUCUCAGACUGGAAAGGUCAAGCUGGCCGACUUUGGAGUGGCCGCACAGCUGGUCAACAUCAAAUCACAGCGCAAUACAUUUGUCGGAACUCCAUUCUGGAUGGCGCCGGAAGUUAUCCAGCAGGCUGGAUAUGACUUCAAGGCGGAUAUUUGGUCAUUGGGUAUUACAGCCAUUGAAAUGAUCAACGGCGAGCCACCCCAUGCCAGCACACACCCUAUGAAAGUGCUCUUUUUGAUUCCGAAGAACCCCGCCCCUCGCCUCGAGGGCAAUGAAUACAGCAACACAUUCAAAGACUUCAUUGCGCAGUGUCUUACGAAAGAUCCAGAUCGCCGCCCGAGUGCAAAGGAGCUUCUCCGACACAAAUUCAUUCGGAAUGCUGGCAAGCCCGAGGCACUCCAAGAGCUCAUCCAUCGCAAGCAAGACUGGGAUGGUGGUCGUGGUGUGUCCAAGAACGUCAAAUAUUAUGCCGAGUCUCUGAACACUAUGACCAGGCCUGAGGAGGAUGACGACGAAGACUGGGUCUUUGACACCGUCAAGGCCCCCAGUAUGUGGGUGCCCAAGGGUACAGACUGGACGACAUUAGAUGAGGAGGAGGAGAACACUGAUCCUGCCGAGCUCAUGGAGGACAUGCAUAUCUCGCAGCCUCCACCUCCUCCCAAGCACCAGGCCAACUCGACCGUUCGACGAAUUCCUACAGAACGAUCACCUUCUGUCCGCCGGGCGAACACCAAGCGCCGCUCCAGUGGUAUCAAACAACCACUUGGUUUGGACUUGAGCUACGGUAACAGUCCAUCUACUGUUAGACAGUUCCGUCGGGUAUCAGACAAGGUCCCCGCCGAUGUCAAAUCUCCAAAGCAGGCUUUUGACGAAAAUGUCAGCCCGAAGGUCAUGUCCACCGACUCGUCUAGCAAGGAGGCUCAAAUUGGACGACGGGCAUACAGCAAAGCCGUCGGACUCUCCUGCCAGGAGGUAUUGUCGACAACUGGAGACGGUGAUAAGCGUGAAGCUAUCUCCAGACUGGCCGAGGCCUGGAGUGACCUGGAAAUGGUCGAUCCAGAGGGUCUCUACCACAUCGUCAGAAUUAUGAACGAGAAACUCCAAGCUGACUCCCGUCUAUCAACUCUCCUCCCACCUACUCAACCCGACUCUCCCUCUCGCCCUCGCCUCGUUUUGGCUCAAAACAACCCUCACCUGAAAAGCCACAAGCGUCGCCAAUCCUACGUCCCCGAAACUCAACCCCAAUCUCCCACAUCCAACCUACCUGGCCAGUCCGUUCCCGGAAUGGAACAUACCAAACAACUCUCCGACGUCCUCUACACGCGCUGGUCUGAGGGUCUUCGCAACCGCUGGGGUGGCAUCUAA